GAGCGCGGUGUCUGUCUGUAAACAAAAGGUUUCGUCAUUGUUUUAUAAGAGCGCUGUAUUGUCCCGUAUGUUUCUCAGGGCGAGUAAGCUUUAUAUUUUGGUCCACAAACAAACAAAUUCAGGACACAUUACAUUUAUAGCGUGAACAAAAUUACAAAGAAUAGCAAUGUCAACUCAAAAACUUAUAACUCAGGAAGAAAGUCUGCAAGAGUCAUGGGUGGAGCUCCACUACGAUUCAUGUAGCGAACAUAGUGAGGACACACCAGCCCUGUCUGAUAUCACAGACCUGGAGAAAAUGCUUCUGGAAGCACAGCGGGAAUCCAGCAGUAGUUCACGGACAAGCUCUCACUGCAGCAGUCCUCGACAUGUCCAAACACCUCCACUCAUCAGUGCAGCCUCCUUCAACACACACACCAUUGCACAGGAGGAAGUUGUACCAGAGAGCAAACAGGAAGCUGAGACUAUCGCAAGGAUCUGUGACUGGUCCAGCCGGCCAGAGAAUGUACCACCAGCAGCACUGAUUUUUAAACGGCCAAAGCGGAACAGAUUGUGCAGCAGAAACUCAGACAAAAAUGACAAGGAAAUGAACACAAACUUGCUGAAGUUAUUGCUACCCUCCCUAGUUUUGACACACAUCCUCAUGCUUGGGUUGGGGAUCUGUAUUGGACGGCGCCUCUCCACUCAGUGCUCUGUUAUCUGAGUCAUAGCAGAUGAAUGCUUGUGUAUGUUGUGUCAGUGUCACUCUGGGAUAGUCUCUAGAAAGAAUCCGGCAGUCUUUUGCUGGAACACUUUUGUUUUCAUCCGUCAGAAAUGCAGGACUAUGUAAGAGGACACUGUGAAAAUAUGAUGAGAGAUAGAAACUCUCAGCAUUAUUUUUUUCUUUGGUUCUCCUUUGGGGAGUUUGGCACAGAAUUGAUAAAGAUGAAUCCAUUUGUGUAUGGAUAUCAAGUUAGAUUAACCAGGAAAUAUGCUUUAUAGAUUUCAGCUUUUGCUUCGAAUUAAAAAUGAUUGUUACCAUAAA